UCGUGUGGUGUUAAUGUCAUUCUAAUAUGGCAUGUACUAUGAUCUCUUAAAAACGAUAAUUCGAGCCGUUUUUCUAGAAAAGUGAUAACUUAAGACACAGCCCCAAGGACACGCUAAAGUCGUAAACGAGAAGUUGUCCUUCGAGAAAGGGCGAUGCUCCUGGCCAUCACGAGCGAAAAUCAAUCAGCGAAUUUGUGUAGUACAUCAUCACCAUGUAUAGUUCGAAGGUGUUUUCGGAACCACUUCCGCUGUGGCGUGCUCUUCGAGAUCGACAGUUAAGCGGGAUACAGCAAAAAACCUCCUCAUUCGAUAGAACUGAAGACAGUUGGGCGCCGUGGACGUUUCCCACUGUGCCUUCUAAACGCGUAACACAAGCGCCUCUUGACAAAAAGAAGAAUCGCCACCUGAAGACAAGUAAUACAGCUUUACAGGGCUUCCAAGGGAAUUCAAUGAUGUACGCAGGUGGCGUCAUCAAUACAAAAGCAUCUUCACAGUGUCCGUAUUGUAGUAGAGAAGUUCUGGAUGAGCAAGAAUCUACGGUGGUAACUAUCUUCGGAUUUAGAUGGCAUAACAUCUGUUUCCGCUGUGAUCGUUGCAGCCGGCCGCUAAAAACCCUCGGAGGAUUUAUUUGUAUCUUGAACUCUCCAAACUGUCUUGAAUGCUAUUUUGCCAUCACCCCGAUAAAUGCGGUAAGCAAAUAUCGAAAGGAUGUUCAGGAGACAUCGCUGCACGACUGCUCAUCGCCAACGUUGGAUACGACGUAUGGAAGUGAUUUGAGUACUUCCUUUCCUGGUGAACUAUUCAGUGUCCUGUACCUCAAUGAGAGCACCAACGAACAUCUCUUCAUGGACUCUUUCCGCGCAUUUAAACAAGAGGAGAUCUCAUAUGAGGCCUAUCGGCGGAGCAGCACUCCGCUGUUUGUAAACUCUCAGCUACAAACAUCUUUAGAUGUCAGCUUUGAGUCGUUCUCUCAACUUUUUACAACUGGUGAUGACGUUAACAGUGAGACUAAUCGACAGGUGUCUGAGGAAAAGACACUUUGCCUUCUUGCGGCCUCCCAUCAACUCCGUACCGGUGUGUCAAAUGAAAACGAUGGUUGCAUGCUGGCAGUCAGCACAUCGCCACGAAUCUGUAAAGAGCAACUUCAGCCAUCGAGGAGCAGUUCUUUACUGAAUUGUACUUCUUCCUACAAUAAAGCAAUAGUAGAUCGCGUACGGUCGAGUGAAAUGGUCGUCGUCUCCAGGAAUGACAUCUUGAUUUUACUUGGACUUACCGUGGAAAAAAAGCAGAACGUAGCACCAAAUCCGGAAUGGACCACCUUGAAUGAAUCUCGGUCGCCUGACAAAGCUUUUAUAGUACAAAACCAUUUAAAAGCAUGUAAAGUUUCUCAGUAUUUAAAUGUCACCCAUUGUAUCCGAGAGCAGAUAGCCUUGAAGGCGCGGAAGCCCCUCCAGGUUAUUUCUCGGUCUCAUGGCAAGCCCUUUAUUUGUGUCAAAACUUGCCAAAAGCCAGUGCUCAAUGAAGCGAGACAACGACAUGAAAAAGUCAUUGAAAAUGUAUUUAAAGGAACCUUAGGCUGCUUUUGGUCGGUUGUCAUUUCAUUAGCAGCAAUAGCUAUCAUUUGUACAUAUGGCCUCUCUAGUUUCUGCUAGCCAAAAGCUUUCUUUCUUAGCGUGGCCUUGUGUUAACUAGCGUUUCGUAUUUAAAAUAAUGCUAGCAAUAUUUACUAGUUUUUUUAUAUAGUAAUUCUAUAGACGUUAUGUUAUUGUUUAAGGUACAGCCAAAUAUUGUCGGCUUUUCAGUAAUCGAAAUAAAAACAAAAUAAAUAUUGUAAUAGUAAUAAUACUCGUGGCCAUAGUCGAAACAAAUCACAUCAAUGUCAGCAAUAAUAACAACAACAAUAAUAAUACGGCCGUAUAUUGUAUCUCUUUGAUAGUACACAUCAUUUUGCAUUAAAUAAGAACGUGAUAUUUGGACUGUAAUUGUCGUACUGUAAAAUUCAGAACAAAGUGAGAAGAAACUUGUGCUUAUGUUCUUCUGUAUCUUAACAGCAUGCUUUACAAUAUAUUCAAUUUUAUGUAACGAUUGUACCAAACAAAGGAAAACAGUAUUUUUCUGAUUGUAACAGACACAUUGUUUUGGAUAUAUCGCUAUUGGACGCACGCUCGUCGUUGGCGAUACUUAUGCAUUAAAGAUCUACACACAAUACAAGUUGAAUAGACUGGUUUUUUGGGAAGCUAUCCGUGGGGUUCGGCCCGCGCAUAGUUUGCCGCUGUUUAAUUAAUUCGAUUCAUUAAUGCCGUACUCGCUC